UACAUACGUGGCCUUUUUGGCCAACACCUAAAGUUCCAAAAAAGGGGCCAAAAAAUAAGCAACAAGUUUUGAUUCUCUCGUAACUUCCCCCAAAAAUCAGCAGAGCGAGAGCGAUCGGUUAUGGCGGCGACGGAGCAUCACGGCCUCAGUGGAGGAGACUACAAUGUCGACCUUUUACCAAUUGACGAAGACGAUUCGCCACCAUCUUCAUGGCGUCUCAGCCUCGACACAUUUCGCCUCCCUUCUUCUUCUCCGUUAUCAUCUGGCCGCCACAACGGCCGUACUCGCUUGUCUCGUUAUCUCCGGACUCCGAAAAAGGAACGCAAAGUCUCUGAGUACUACAAGCAGCAAGAGAAGCUCCUGGAGGGUUUCAAUGAGAUGGAGUCAAUUAACGAAACUGGUUUUGUAUCUGGAGCUCCAACUGAGGUACCACUCUUGCUUUCUUAAUUUAGGCUUCUUCUGAAAAUCUUUCACUUAGA